AUGCAGCAGCAGCAGCAGCAGCAGCAGCAGCAAGGCGAUACAAGCAACUCCUCAGCCACAGCUGCAUGCAUUGGCGACGCAACUGAGGACUGCCGCAGUGGCUUUGAAGGCAGCAGCAGCAGCAGCAGCAGCAGCAGCAGCAGCAAUAUCAACAGGAGCAACAGCAGCAGCAGCAUCAACAGGAGCAACAGCAGCAGCAGCAUCCAAAGCAGCAGCGGCAGCCAGAACAACCUGUGCAGCAGAGGCAGUCUCAGUGGCAGCAGCAGCAUGGCCGGCGGCGGGAGCAGCAGCAGCAACAGCAGCAGCAGCAGCAGCAGCAGCUACGAGUCUGCCAGCUGCUGGAGUCCUGCAGCGCGUACAGUGGGCGGAGUGCGUUUAGCUGCUGCUGCUGCUGCUGCUGCUGCUGCUGGCACUCCGGAGGAGAGUCAGCAGCUGCUGGCAUUCCUGGGGCCGCAGGUGCUGCAGCAGCAGGAGCUGCGGCUGCAGCAAGAGCAGCUGCAGCAGCUGCAGCAAGAGCAGCUGCAGCAGCUCCAGCAGGAGCAGCUGCAGCAGCUGCAGCAAGAGCAGCUGCAGCAGCUGCAUCAGCUGCAGCAGUUCCAGCAGCUCCAGCAGCUGCAGCAGCUGCAGCAGCUGGAGCGGCAGCUGCAACAAGUGCAGCAGCAGCAGCAGCAGCAGCAGCAGCAAUUUCACCCGCAGCAGGUAGACAGCCUGCGCGGGAGCCCCGAGAGCUGCUGCUUCCUUUCUGCUGCUGCUGGCAGCCCAAUGAGUGUGUCUUCUGCUUCUGUGUUCCCCGACGCGAGCAGCAGCAGCAGCAGCAGCAACAUCAGCAGCAGCAGCAGCAGCAGCAGCAGCAGCGGGGGUGCGCUGCUGCGCUACUGCAGCAGCACGCGCCUCGUGAGCCCUGCAGCAGCAAACCACUCCCCCUUUGAAAGGACUGAGACGGAGAUUGAGAGACUGUACGAGAGGCCGGCCCGCGGUGCAGCAGCAGCUGCUGCUGCUGCUGCUGCUGCAGCUGCUGCGGGAACUGCUGCUGCUGCUGCUGCUGCGCCUGCUGCUGCUCUAGCUGCUGCUGAAGUUGCUGCGCCCGCUGCAGGGGCUCGCGGCGCUGCUGCAGCUGCUGGUGCUGCAGCUGCUGCACAGGCCUUCCCUGCAGCAGCUGCUGCUGCUGCUGCUGCUGCUGCAGGGCCCCCUGUCUUGCCUGAGGGGCCCCUCGUGUUGGGUGGUGUUGCUGCUGCAGUUGGCAGUGGGGUUGCUGCUUCGCCUGCUGCGGCUGCUGCUGCUGCUGCGGCUGCUGGCGGACCCGCGUAUUCGGGGCUCGCAGCAGCCGCUGCUGCUGCUGCUGCUGCCGCCGCUGCUGCUGCAGACACGAGCAGCAGCAGCAGCAGCAGCGGCGCGGGUGCUGCUGCUGCAGCGCGCGGCGCGCUGGCGAGCAGCCGCAGCGACGCGGGAAAAAGCGCAGCAGCAGCAGCAGCAGCAGCAGCAGCAGCAGCAGCAGGGGGCGGGCCGUGGCAGCCAACUUAUAUCACAAAUCCGGGAUUUAUUUCCAGAAAGUCUUUUGAAAAAUUAAUUACAAAACAAUUUAUUUUUCGCGAAGUUUCGCCAGCAGCUCUGAGGCUCCUCGUGGCCUUCAACGGCUACUUGCUGGAAGACGCCACGGGCGAACUGGGACUCGACAGACUCCCCUUCUUCCACGGUAAACCCUAA